AUGGCUCAGAUUAUGGCUCAAAUCACUGCUCCAAUUGUCAUAGCUCAAGGUGGAGCCAUGGCUUUUGAAGCCAAGCCAAGUCAUCAAGCCGAUAACAGCCCUACUUUUGAUGUAUCGAAAAGUCGUACAGAUUUUGACCAUAUCUGUUGGCAACACUAUCACUACGUUAGGCAUCGUCUUUCCGGUAGAAAAAUGAUGUGA